AUGAUUUUCCGAAGAGCUUCAUGGGGAUCCCUAUUCAUGAUUGCCUUUGCUGUCUUGAUUUCUUCAGUUCAAUGCGCAAGCGAUCCUCCGAAAACGUCGCCGAAAGCGAAAUUUACAUUCAAUCAACUCUGGAAUCUUGAAAAGACCUUCUGGGAUUCGUUUCUCUACCCGGCCAAUGUGAAACAGACAGAGGGAAACGAAUCAUCCGUUUUUGCCCCCAAUGUUCAAGGCCGUGUCGACAUUACGCGUACCUUCGACGGCGAUGAGCUAAACCGCGAAUACAUAUUCGGCCUAUUUUCAGACCCAGCACACGUCAGUCUGGUAGGUGUCCCAAUCGCAUACAAUAUCACGCAAUUCAGCGCCAAUGAAAACAUCGCAUCCGCAACAACCAUUGUCACUUUCAACGCUACAACCUUCGGCAUGGUCGUCCCGGUCACGAUUGACACGUGGAUCAUGUGGGACACGGAUGGCAAGAUCACGCAAUAUGACGCGGUUUUCCGUUACUUCGAAUACUUGGUGGACUUUAUUAUUGGAAAUGUCGCGACCAAGAUCAACGCAACCUCAUCGGACCAGGCUGUCGGAUAUGUUUCGGACCUACUAGCCAAGACUAUUUGUGCUACACAUGAGCAGUAUUGCACCGGGUCAAACCAGCAGUACACGGACACGGCGGCUUGUUAUGACUUUCUGACCAAGGAUGUGCGAUUUGGAAAGAGCUAUGAGCUAGGGAAAAAUACACUGCUUUGCCGUGAGGUUCAUGAGCAUAUGGUGCACUACAGACCUGAUAUUCAUUGUGCUCAUAUUGGACCCUCGGGUGGUGGAUACUGUGUGGAUGAUAUGGCCUACACGCAGACUGUCCUGCAGAGUUACUUUAAUGAUUCGUGGAUUCCGUUUGGAUAUGAAGGAAAUCAACGAAUAGCUCGUUAG